AUGAUAACUACAUUUGUCUUGCUUAUUCUAACCAUUCAAGCAAAACACAAACUAAAGAGUCAUCCCUUUUCCAAUAACCAAAUCAAAUUAAAUAGACAUACAACUAUUGAAUAAGCUCCCUUAGAUAAUUAUGCAAACAUCAUUUAUUACAUAAAUGCAAGUUUUGGAACUCCAGAAUAAGUAUUCUCCAUAGUUGUAGACACUGGAUCAGUGACCACUUGGAUAUCAAAUUAAACAUGUGAAGGAUGCAUAUUUCCAAGAUUUGAUCCAAAUAAAUCUACCACUUUGUAAUAAGCUGACGAAGAUCAUUCAAUUAAUUACAAUAUUGGUUCCUUGAGUGGAAAGUUUGUGUAAGAUUAUGUUAGUCUGACUAAUGGCAAUUUAAAUGUCUCCAUGAAAUUCAUGUUAGCAAAUGUAUUCACUAUGCCAGGAAUUAAAUUCUAAGGUCUCUUAGGAUUAUCGAGUUAUAAUGAUAGAUAAAACAUUUUUGAAUACGGCUAUUAAUAGAAAUUAUUGGAAACUUCAAUGUUUGGUUUAAAUUUGAAUCGAAAUCCAUAAUAGUCCAUCUUGUUGUAUAAUAACUUUAGCCAAGAUUACUUGGAUUAAGUUGUUUGGAUGCCAAAUGUCCUUAACCAUUAAUGGAGUAUGAAAGUAUAUGGGUUUUUUAUUAAUGAGAUUGAUUUGACAGAUAAGGUAACCUUAAAAAAUGGAACUAUUGCAUUAAUGGACUCAGGUUCCUCAUGCUUAUGGCUUGAUGAAGAGAUCAUUAAUUAUAUGUUGCAUCGAUACAUUUUAGCCAACUGCAUUAGUAGUUAUUCUUGUCCCUGCAAUUCACCUUUUUAUCCAAAUUUGAAUAUCUAUUUGGCUGGAGUGAAAAUUGAGAUCACUCCUGAACAUUACAUGAUUCCAUCAGUUGGCUAAUACUGCAAACCUUGUUUUUCAAAAGCUGGAUAGACAACUCAUGAUUAUACAAUUUUGGGUGAUCCUGCUAUGCAAGCUAUUAUUAGCAUUUAUGACAAAGAAAACUAAUAAUUUGGUGUUUAUUAAGGAAAUAAGCUCCAUAAAUUGUUAACAUUUUAAAUCAUUUAGAUAUCUAUGGCGAUAAUAUAAUUUGUUGCUUUAUGUUUAUUUAGUUAUAAGUUUUAUUUAUACAAACGAAUUUGA